AUGAAGGUCUUCCGCCUGGCUGCUCUCUUUGGAGGUGCUGCAUCUGCCGUUCAGCCUCUCGUCGGUCGAGAUGACGGUACUACCACUACCGUGAUCUAUACGACGUCAACAUACACCAUCACUAAGUGUGCUGCGAGUGUCACCAAUUGUCCUGUUGCUAGCGCCACAGAGGUGUUCACGUCGACUACCGUUAUGAGCGUAACGACCACAAUCUGUCCAGUCACCUCGACUCCAGGUCUUCAGCCGCCUGGACCUGGAUACAUGCCGUCGUCUGUUCUCAGCUCGGCUCUGCCGACCAACUCACCAGGCACGACAGGCACUCUCCCCGACGCAGUCCCCACUUCUUACUCACCCGCUGUCUCUGUCUCGUCGGGCGCCUACGUGCCUCCUGUCCAGAGCUCGGCUCUGCCUACUGGUUCUUCGCGGUCGAUUGACUUUUCAGUUAGCUUGAUCUCUCCCGACCCUUCAUUGCCAGUCACGGGUACCGACUCGAUCCCAGCUUCGACCCCAUCAGAUGCAUCCGGCCCUCCAAGCAUGUACACGCCUCCUGCUCAGACCUCGACGCAGCCCACAGGUCCCUCUGGUUCCGAUACGGUCGUUGUUCCACGACCCAGUCUGAGCGGCUCGGCUUCACUGCCUGGUAGCCUGACCGAUUCUAUUCCCACCUCUUUUCCUCCUGGAAUGUCCCCUUCUGCUUCUUCGAACGGCUACGAUCCUCCUCAGCUGUCGACAACCGCAUGGCCAGGUUCAAGUCAGCCUACGACUGGUACCAACACUGGCGCUGUCCUAACUUCAGACGCCACGCCCUCAAGCGGUUACGGUCAAUCCUCGGCACCGAGCAACACCGCGACUGAUGCUGUGCCUACUUCUGGAUACCCAGCUUCUAGUACCAACCCGUCAAGCGGUGUCUACUCCCAGUCUGCAUCGAGCAACACUGCUGCUGUUCCUACCUCUGGGUACCCGGGUUCCAAUGCCGUCCCCAGUGGUUCGAACUUGCCAUCUGUAUCGAGCUACACUGCCACUGAUUCUAUGCCCACAUCUGGAUCCCCUGGCUCCAGUGGCGCCCCAUCGAGCGGUGCCUACUUGCCAUCGUUGCCGAGUAACACCAACACUGACGCCGUGCCCACGUCCGGAUACCAGGUGUCCAGCUCAACCGGACCUGUAGGCACAAACACUGGCUCUGUUCCCACUUCCUUAGGUCCUAGUGCAUCCGGUCCACCGUCAAGUGGCUACACAGCUCCUGAAACCACCGCGCUGCCCACCCAGGGAACAGCAAGUAUACCUCAGGGCUACUCUUCCGGAUCAGCUCCAGUCGUACCGUCUGGCUCCCUAAGCACUGUUUCUGGCACGUAUCCCGCUGUAACAUCUAUCAGCUCUGGCAUGGUGUACCCAGGACAUCCAUCUUCUUCGGCCAGCACGACCGUCAUCGAUGGCACUACUAGGAUUACGAGCCGUUUGACCCUGACAUCGACAAGCUACAUCACCGCGCUGUUACCCUCUAGCAACUCGCUCAUCGACACCGCCACGGACGCUGUCACUACGAGCCGUGGCACCGAAUAUCUUCCGUCUGGAUCUGGCUACCCUUACCCGUCUGGCAGUGCCAAUGGCACCAUCAUCACUCCCACUCCAUCCUACAUCGAAGUACCUGUCAAUAUGGGCCAGAUUAUUGCCGUAGGCCGAAGCCCCAUCGAAGCCAUCGUCAUUGCGUUGGCUCUCGCUCUCUUCGCUUAA